CAGCAUGCACGGAGGAUGCUCGCGUCUUGCUCAGGCAGGAAGGGGCCGGAGGGCAGGUACCCGCUGCACUACCUCGUCUGGCACAACCGCGCCCGUGACCUGGACCGGGAGCUCAGCGCCAAGCAGGCCGACAUUGAGCAGCUGGACCCCCGAGGACGCACUCCCCUGCACCUGGCCACCACGCUGGGCCACCUCGAGUGUGCCAGGGUGCUGCUGAAGCAUGGCGCUGACGUGGGCAAGGAGAACCGCAGCGGGUGGACAGUCCUGCAGGAGGCUGUGAGCACCCGAGACCUGGAGCUGGUGCAGCUGGUGCUGCGCUACCGUGACUACCAGAGAGCCAUCAAGCGCCUGGCGGGGAUACCUGUCCUGCUGGAGAAGCUGCGCAAGGCACAGGACUUCUACGUGGAGAUGAAGUGGGAGUUCACCAGCUGGGUGCCCUUGGUGUCCAAGAUCUGCCCCAGCGACACCUACAAGGUGUGGAAGAGUGGCCAGAACCUGCGGGUGGACACCACACUGCUGGGCUUUGACCAUAUGACCUGGCAGCGGGGCAACCGCAGCUUUGUCUUCCGGGGACAAGACAGCAGUGCGGUGGUGAUGGAGAUUGACCAUGACAGGCGGGUGGUCUACUCAGAGACGCUGGCCCUGGCUGGCCACAACCAGGAGGUGCUGCUGGCUGCUGUGCAGCCCACCGAGGAGCAGGUGAUGGGGCGGCUGACGGCCCCCGUCGUCACCACCCAGCUCGACACCAAGAACAUCGCCUUCGAGAGGAACAAAUCCGGGAUCCUGGGCUGGAGGAGCGAGAAGACCGAAAUGGUGAAUGGGUAUGAGGCCAAGGUCUAUGGCGCUUCCAACGUGGAGCUGAUCACACGGACACGGACCGAGCACCUCUCAGACCAGCACAAGGGCAAGAGCAAAGGCUGUAAGACCCCCCUGCAAUCCUUCCUGGGCAUCGCCGAGCAGCAUGUGGGGCCCAACAAUGGGACGCUGAUCACGCAGACCCUGAGCCAUGCCAACCCCACCGCCAUCACCCCAGAGGAGUACUUCAACCCCAACUUCGAGCUGGGCAACCGGGACAUGGGCCGGCCCAUGGAGCUCACCACCAAAACACAGAAGUUCAAGGCGAAGCUGUGGCUGUGUGAGGACCACCCGCUGUCCCUCUGCGAGCAGGUUGCCCCCAUCAUCGACCUCAUGGCAAUAAGCAACGCGCUCUUCGCCAAACUGCGGGACUUCAUCACCCUGCGCCUCCCGCCCGGCUUCCCCGUCAAGAUUGAAAUCCCCAUCUUCCAUAUCCUCAACGCCCGAAUAACCUUCGGGAACCUCAAUGGGUGUGACGAGCCCGUCAGCUCCCUGCGGCACAGCCCCAGCAGCGAGGCGCCCUCACCCAGCAGCGACUCCUCCAGCGUCAGCAGCUCCAGCUCCCUCACCUCGUGCCGAGCGUGUGAGAUGGACCCGGCGCUGUUCGAGGUGCCCCGGGGCUACAGCGUGGUGGGCACCCACCAGGAUGCCCUGAGGGAGGACGAGGACGACCUGCUGCAGUUUGCCAUCCAGCAGAGCCUGCUGGAAGCGGGCAGCGAGUAUGACCAGGUGACCAUUUGGGAAGCACUGACCAACAGCAAGCCGGGCACCCACCCCCUGUCGCACGAGGGCCGCCGGGGAGACAGGUUGGUAAGGUCUGGGCAGCCCCCCUGGGGGGAGAGCGGGUGUGGGCUCCGGACCCGCGGGGACCCCGCUGAGGCCCUGCUGCCCCCCAGGACUCCCCAGCACACGGCAGCCCCGCGUCCUCCCGUGGGCCCGGCGGCGGGGGCUGGCCGGGGGCCCGGGGCGCUGUUCCCCAGCUACGCCGAGCAGCUGCGCCUGGCCAUGGCGCUGUCGGCGCGGGAGCAGGAGGAAGCGGAGCGCCAGACGCGCCAGGAGGAGGAGGAUCUGCAGCGCAUCCUGCAGCUCUCGCUGACGGACAAGUGACCCCGCAGCCCCGCUGAGCCCCUCACCCGCCCCAGUGGGGAUGGGGACCGUGUCUGGGGGCACAGAGGGGUAGCGGUGUGCGGGGAGCCGGUGCAAGAACUGCAGAGGGCAAAUGGGGAAGGGGGGAGCAGGAUCUGGCCCUUGGAGAACAUCCCCAGAGCUGGGGCAGCACUGGGGUGAGGCGGGGGCACCCCACAGCAGCACAGGGUUGGGGUGGGUGUUAACCCUGCACCUGGGGUCGCAGGGAGCAGGGAAGGCAACUCAAGGGACUGUACCCCUUCUCCAGGACAGCCCUACUCCCCCAUGGGAUGCUGCUCAGCCCCUCACCCCAAGAAGGCGGUGAGGGGCACAUCCUGCCCCGGAUGGGUGGGCUGCCAGUGGUGUGGGGUCCCAGGGUGCCCCCCAGAGCCAGGGGGCUCUGCCCAGCUCCCUCUUUCCCCCUGCCCAGGCGCUACCAAGUGCACUUACCCGGGAGCUGCUCUGCCUGCCAACAGGGGUGGGGGCUCAGCCCUACCGUACCCCACAGUCAGCGAGGGGUUGCACAGCUGCCCCCCAUGGCACGGGGACUGCUGGGGCAGCUGAAGGGGUGCCUGUGAAGGGCGGCCCGGUGUUACCCCCCCUUACCCCUGCUCGCACCCCUCCACCCCUCUCGGUUGCCCCUCCUCUUGGCAGCGCUGCACCCCGAGAGAAACCUUACGUCAAAUGGUGCUAACCCCGG